CGUCAGCAGCGCGCACUCGGGAUGGAUAGGACAGAAGGCUAACCUGAGUUAGCGGAGACUGAGGAAAAGGGCAGUCCCCAUGCCCACCGAAAGCAUCAACUUUCCGGGUAGAUUUCACAGCAUCAGGCGCUACCUCAAAAGAAUUGAGCCCUCCUGGACUCGGACGAACUUUGCAGAAAUUACCCCGAUGGUGCGCUUUUCACAGUAGAAGCUCUUGUUCAGCACUCGCAGCGAUGCACUUUAUAGGAGCCAUGCUUUGGACUGUUUUAAUAUCGUACAUCCUGUGCUCUGUUUGGGGGAAUAAAACGGAUCUAAGAAGACCCUUUUUUCACGGGCAUGUGUUUGAAAACUCGCCGGCGGGGUCCAAAUUAAACGGACUGAAUAUCCCUAUAAAGAGAAUAGACUCGCACAAAUGGUGCUCAAAACCAGCUCCGCACCUGACACUGUUAGGCGACGGCAGCGCCGAUUUCCAUGUCUUUUCGCACCACAAGCACGGGAACAUCCGAAUGAAAACCUCGAAAGUCUUGGACAGAGAGGAAAAACCCGAAUAUCUUCUGCGUCUGGGUCUAUGUUGCCAAAGUUGUACUUCACCUGACAAAGUGGUGGCUGAAGUGGCAGCCAUAAAAGUUGAUGUGUUGGACACUAACGACCACGAACCCACUUUUAAUGGUUCGGGCGUCAGAAUUGCUCUGGACGACGCCACGGCGCUCAGAACAGUGGUGUACAAAGUAACCGCACAGGACACUGACAGUGGGAAGAACGCGGAAUUGUUCUACUUUGGGCUUCCUAAAAACGGGAGUUUUUACGUUGUACCCAAAACCGGAGAGGUCUUACUAGUGGAUUCGAUUUUGGGCUUGGCGGCCCCCAUCAAGUUCAAUGUCUUCGCUAGAGACCACGGCUGGCCGGCGCUGACAAGUCGAAACAUGGAAUUAGAGAUUAAUCCCCUGCAGAGGUCCGCGACGGCGCUGUCCGGGGCGGACGAGCCCCCGACCGGACAGCUGAGGAAGCGGAGGACUCUGUUGCAGCCCGAGGAGCCCCUUAUCAUCAGCGUGUCCGAAGACGCCAGUAUCGGUUCGGUGGUAAUGAAUCUGAACCCCGUCAAAUUCCAAUCUGCCAGUUUUGAGAUGAUCUACCCGACGUUAGACAACUCUGCCGUUACUGUGAACCGGGACAGCGGGGACAUUGUCAUAGCCAGGCGCUUGGACAGGGAGACGGAACCAAUAGUGGAAAUUACUGUUAAAAUACAGGACAAAAGAGGGCUGGAUUGGUAUCUGACCCGAGUGGAGCUCAGGGUCACGGAUGUUAAUGAUAAUGCCCCUGAAUGGUCCAUGGUGCCCUCACCAUUCCUGGCUGUGGUCUCUCCAGAGGCCCGGUCUGGCACAGUCGUCUAUAAGCUCUUCGCUCGUGAUGGAGACGAGGGCACCAAUGGAGAGGUGGAGUACUUCCUGGCAGAUGGCGGAGACGGGCGUUUUGAUGUGGACAGGAAGAGCGGCCUGAUAAGAACGUCGGGGCUGCCCCUGCAGAGGGACAGGGAGUAUCUUCUGAACGUGUUCGCGGCUGACAAGCUGGGCAGCAGGGGCCCCCCGGCCGUGGUGUCUAUUGUAGCUGGUCCCAGAGCCCCUCAAUUUUCCAACGCAUCUUACUCCAUCUCCAUCCCCGAGAACACUCCUGAGGGCCAGCCAUUCCUGGCGACAACUGCUGUGUCCUUCCAGAAACAACCCCUCGGCUACAGCCUCCUCAUCAACCCCAGCAGUCUGUUCAGCAUCCAGCAGGACACGGGUGAGAUCAGCCUGACACGCACUAUCGACUUUGAGAGCGACCAGCACCGAUACUUGCUGCUUGUUCGGGCCAGCGAGAACCAGGACACUCUCAGCAGUGCUGCAGAGGUUCUCGUGGUGAUAACUGAUGAAAAUGACUGUGUCCCCGAAUUUCUGCAGUCCAUCUACAGCAAAGACAGUGUCCCUGAAACUGUAACCACGGCAACCUCACUGCUGCAAGUGUCUGCCAAGGACUGUGACUCCGGGUUGAACGCUGAGCUCUCCUAUUACACACUGAGUCCAGAUUUCACUGUCUCUGCCCACGGGACCAUCUUCCCCGCCAGACAGUUGGACUACGAGAGGCUCAACCACCUGUACGAGUUUGUUGUCAUGGCAGUGGACAAGGGCGACGUUCCCAGAACAGGGACAGCCACUGUCAGGAUCCGCAUGUCCAACGUCAACGAUGAGCCCCCAGAGUUUUCUCAGAAUGUCUAUCGAACCUUUGUCUCGGAGGAUGCAGGGCCUAACACUCUGGUCGCUACAGUGCUGGCUAAGGACCCUGACGGAGAUGGAAUCACAUACAAAAUCACGUCAGGCAAUGAGGAAAGUAACUUCAUCAUCGACAGCCAGAAAGGAUUAAUACGUCUGCGCUCAAGCCCUCCCCCUAGGCUUCAGGGGUUGGAGUACAUACUCAAUGUCACGGCAACAGAUGACAACGCUUCGGGUGGGCCACACCCCCUUUCCAGCAUGGCCCAGGUGAUUGUGGGAAUCGAUGACGUUAACAACAACAAGCCUGUGUUUGAAAAGUGCCAGCAUUAUAGGGAGCAUGCAGCGGUGCUGGAGAACCAGCCAGCAGGAACAUUUGUUCUUCAGGUACAUGCAGUUGAUGCUGAUGAAGGAGACAACGGGAGGGUGACAUAUGGUUUCAUGCACAAAGAUGGCACAGUUCCAGCAUUCAGCAUCCACCCAGAGACAGGAGUGAUCGUGACUUCCAGGACAUUCGACCGUGAGCAGCAGAGGGAGUACGCCGUUACCGUCACGGCAACAGACAAGGCCGCAGAGCCUCUCAUUGGGAUCUGCCAGCUCAACAUCCUCAUACUGGAUGAAAACGACAACGACCCCAAGUUUGAAAACCUGCAUUAUGAGUAUUUCCUGAGAGAGGAUACGAUGAUAGGCACCAGUUUCCUCCGCGUUGCGGCUCAUGAUGACGAUUACAGUACCAACGCUGCCAUCACCUACUCCAUGUCAGCAGAGCAGCCAGAGUACCUGCGUGUCAAUCCUGUGACAGGCUGGGUCUAUGUGAAUGAGCCCAUAUCCCAGAGGUCUUACAUCACUCGGCAGGUGAUCGCCACCGAUGGGGGGAACAGAAGCAGCAUGGUGGAGCUGGCAGUCACUAUCACCAAUGUAAAGAACCAGCCACCACAGUGGGAGAGGGACAGCUACGAGGUGGUCAUCCCCGAGAACACCAUGAGAGACACGCCCAUUGUGACAAUCAAAGCCAUUUCCCCGCUGGGUGAUCCACGGGUCACCUACAAUCUGGAAGAUGGACUUGUGCCAGAGACCAAUAUGCCUGUGCGCUUCUAUCUCACUCCAAACCGAGAGGAUGGCUCAGCAUCCAUUUUGGUUGCAGAGCCACUGGACUAUGAGGUCACCAAGAAUUUCCUGCUGAGAGUUCGGGCACAGAAUGUAGCAGCUGUUCCCCUGGCAGCCUUCACUACUGUCUACAUAAAUAUUACAGAUGUGAACGACAACGUGCCCUUUUUCACCUCAUCGAUUUAUGAAGCUACAGUCACUGAGGGAGCUGAAGUAGGAACCUUUGUUCUUCAGGUGUCUGCCAAUGACUUAGACCUUGGUCUCAAUGGAAAAAUUUCUUAUUCCUUGCUGAAUGACCGCAGUGGAGAUUACCAGUUUUUUAGGAUUGAUCCUGAGAGUGGAGCAAUUUAUACAGAGGCAGUGUUUGAUAGGGAGUCCAAAGGCUCCUAUCUCCUGGAAGUGAAGUCAGUGGAUGGCUGGGAAUCUGCCAGGCCAGGAAAACAUGGACAGCCCAAUUCAGACACGGCGUAUGUGCGCAUUUUCAUCAGCGAUGUGAACGAUAACAAGCCCAUCUUCGCUCAGAAUGUCUAUGAAGUCAACGUCGAUGAGGACGCCGAUGUCGGCUUUGCCGUUGUCACUGUCAGUGCUAAUGACGACGACGAAGGUGCCAAUGCUAAACUGCGCUACCAGAUCACUUCUGGCAAUACCCGGGGAGUGUUUGAUGUUGAACCUGAAGUUGGAACGAUUUUCAUCUCCCAGCCGCUCGACUAUGAGCAGGUGAAGAAGUACAGGCUCCACCUACUGGCCUCUGAUGGGAAAUGGGAAGACUAUGCUGUUGUCAAUAUCAACGUGAUCAAUAAGAAUGAUGAGGCUCCGGUAUUCUCAAUGAAUGAAUAUUAUGGCAGUGUGACAGAGGAGCUUGAUGGAUCACCAGUGUUUGUGCUGCAGGUAACUGCAGCAGACCCUGAUAAAGAUGCCGACCAAGGUGCCUUGAGAUAUUCGCUGCAUGGACAAGGGGCAGAAAGCGAAUUCGUAAUUGAUGAGGUGACUGGGAAAAUCUACGCACAGAAGACGCUGAAUCGGGAGGAAAGGGCAGUCUGGAGAUUUGUAGUUCUGGCCACAGAUGAGGGUGGGGAGGGGCUGACUGGCUUCACUGAUGUCAUCAUCAAUGUCUGGGACAUCAACGACAACGCCCCAGUUUUUACCUGUAUGCCGGACAACUGUAAUGGGAACGUGCUGGAGAACUCCCCCAGUGACACUUCUGUCAUGGACAUGACAGCCACAGACCUUGAUGAUAGCACUGUUGGACAGAAUGCAGUCCUCGCUUACAGACUAGUGGGUAACAUCAAGAAUGGAAUCAACAUUGAUUUGUUCAACAUCAAUCCCACCACAGGGACAAUAUUCGUUGCCCUUGGAAACCUGGACAGAGAAAAGACGGAUAAGUACUUGCUUGUAGUGGAAGCAAAAGACGGGGGAGGGAUGACAGGAACAGGAACUGCAACCAUCUGGGUGACAGAUGUCAAUGACCAUGCACCCAGGUUUACCAAGAAUUUCUGCCACACAAGAAUUUCUGAAAAUAGUGAGCUUAACUCUGCUGUACUGGAGAUUUCUGCAACCGAUGCAGAUGUGGGAGAGAAUGCCCAGCUGACUUUCAGUAUUAUUGGAGGUGACCCAGAGCAGAAAUUCUACAUUGAAAAUCACAGGAAGGAACAGAAUGGCAUACUGAGAUUAAAGAAGAGACUGGACUAUGAGAAAUCAAGUGACCAGAGGUUCAAUCUCACUGUCAAAGUAGAAGACCUUGAUUUUUCCAGUACAAUGCACUGCAUUAUCGAGGUGGAUGACUACAAUGAUCACGCUCCUGUUUUUAUUCCACACUUCGUUGUCCUCAACCCCUUGCCUGAAAAUGUCCCUGUGGGAACCAGCCUUACCAAGCUUACCGCCACUGAUUCAGACUCAGGCCAGAACGGAGAUAUCACUUACAGUAUCCUUCCAGAGUCAGAUCCACAUGGUUACUUUUCCAUUGACCAAGCAGGUCAGGUCAUAGUAGUAAACCCUUUGGAUCGAGAAACUGUAGCACAGCAUUAUUUGGUUCUGUUGGCUACAGAUCAAGGAAGUCCUGCCCAGACGGGCAGUGCCACAGUACAGUUGACGUUACUUGACAUCAAUGAUAAUGGCCCAGAGUUUGAAGCUGCAUACAUGCCUGUGGUUUGGGAAAAUGUUCCUGGACCACAGAUUGUCAGGAUGAACCAAACUUCCCAGCUUCUCUAUGCAGUUGACAGGGAUACUGUAGAAAACGGGCCUCCGUUUUCAUUCAUGUUGCCUCUGGAGUACCAAAAUAACACCGACUUCAUCUUCAAAGACAAUGGAAAUAACACAGCCAGCAUCACAGCAUUGAGGACAUUUGACCGGGAGAAGCAAAAGGAGUUCUUUCUGCCCAUCAUUAUGAAGGAUACUGGACACCCUCCAAAGACUGCUACCAGCACUCUCACCAUCACCAUUGGCGAUGAAAAUGAUCACCCCCAUCGUGCUGGAGAGAAGGAGAUUUACAUUAACAGCCAUAGAGGCAGAAUGCCAACUACUGUCCUAGGAAAGGUCUAUGCUCCAGAUCCAGAUGACUGGGACAACAAAACAUAUGGCUUUGAAGGAUAUGUUCCCAAGCAUUUCAUAGUGAACAAAAGAACUGGGUUUCUCAUAAUCAAGGAGAAUGCCCCUCAGGGUACCUUUGAGUUUAAGGUGAGGGUGUCUGACGGCGUGUGGCCUGAUGUGGUGUCGAGUGUGAAGGUGCACGUGAAAGAGCUCCGGGAUGAAGCAAUCUACAACUCGGGCUCCCUACGCCUUGCAGAUAUCACAGCCAAGGAGUUUGUUCACAAAGGAGCAGAUGGGAAGAGUCGAUAUGAGACUUUCAAGGGGCUGUUGGCGGACAUAUUGUUGGUGAACCCCGAUAACGUCAACGUCUUCAGCUUGAUAAAUGUGAAAGAAAGAAUGAUGGAUGUGAGGUUCUCUGUGCAUGGUUCUACCUACCUGAGACCAGAAAAGCUGCAUGGAUAUGUUGCAGCUUACAAACAGAAGCUGCAGUCGGCGCUCCAGGUGAAUAUCAGCCAAGUGCACGUGGACGAGUGCGCCGACACGGACUGCGCAGGGAGUGCGGGCUGUACUAACCACCUGACCAUCAGCGACACGCCCACGGUAGUGGAUUCCAGCAGUACGGCCCUGGUGUCGGUGACGGUGGUGGUCACGGCGGCGUGCACCUGCAGCAGCCGGGAGCACGUGCACCAGGUGUGCGCAUCUUACCCCCGCAACCCCUGCCACAAUGGCGGAGUUUGCAUGGACAGCCAGACCGGAUACAGAUGUCAAUGCCCUCCGCAGUUUGAAGGCCCGGAGUGCCAACAAACCAAGCACAGUUUCCAUGGUGAUGGUUAUGCCUGGUUUCCACCCACAAGGCCCUGUUAUGAGAGCCAUCUCUCCCUGGAGUUUAUUACUGAGGUCGCAGAUGGGCUGCUCAUGUACAGUGGGCCUGUGACAGAGCUCCAGCCAUGGGACCCUGAAGACUUCAUGGCAAUAGAGCUCAUAAAUGGCACGCCAACCUUGAAAAUAAACCAUGGCUCAGGCACUUUGGUUCUGCAGUUGCCAGGCAAUGUCAACGUAGCAGACAGAAGGUGGCAUCGUCUGGAUGUAAAAAGCAAUAGCAAGGAGGUGCGCUUCACUCUGGAUCGAUGCAGCAGUGCAGCAGUCAUGGAAGUGGAGGGGCUGGGGAACUGGCUGUCCUCUGAGGACCACUCCUCCUGUGAAGUUGCAGGGGUGACUCCAAACUUGGACAGGCAUCUGAAUAUGACUCAGGUCUUACAGCUUGGAGGUGUUAAUGAGAAGCUGCCCUACAGCUAUCCUCAGCUACAGAACAAGCACUUCACUGGCUGCAUCCGAAAUUUGGUCGUGGACAGCAAGUACUAUGACCUAGGCUCUCCAGCAGAGUCUUUCAACAGCUCGCCUGGCUGCUUGAUGACGGACAGUAACUGUGUGAACAUGGGCCACCCGUCUUGUGGACCGCGGGGCCUGUGCCAUGGCGAAUGGGGCUCCUUCAGCUGCCAGUGUUUACCAGGGUUCAGUGGGCACCAGUGUGAAAAGGAGGUGCCAGAGUUUUCCUUUGAUGGUAGAAGCUACAUCCAUUACCAGCUGCCUGCUCCACUGCCUGCGAGGAAGACCCAGGUCCAGGUGCUGGUGAGAACGAGGAAGCACAGCAGCUCCAUCAUCAGCUUCACCUCCAAGGAGCAGAACGAGUACCUGAGACUGGAGGUAUUCCAGGGUCUGCUGGCAGUAUUCUAUAACCUUGGCGAUGGGGAUUUCAGCAUAACGCUUCCCUCCUACCGCAUUGACAACGGGGAGUGGCAUGGGAUCAACCUGGAUCGCCAUGACAAUGAGUUCACCCUGCGGCUGGAUGGAGGAGGGGGAAGGAGGGAGGUCACUGCAUCCCCGGGGAAGAACCGGGAGAUUAUCAUCGACCCUGGUGCUGUGGUACUGGGGAACGCGUUCCCUUCCAGUCACAACAGGAGUUUGCAAGGCUGCAUGAGGGACCUGCGGCUCAAUAACCGGCAUCUUCCAAUGGGCGUGAAGAUUAAAGAGGCCGUGUCCGUGGUCAGCGCUCAGGGAGUCUCUCCGGGUUGCUCCUCGGACGCCUGCAAGAAGAACUCCUGCAGCCCCCCCUUCACCUGCGUUGACCUCUGGAGGAUACAUGAGUGCAGAUGCCCCCCUGGCCACAUGAUCACGGAGAACUCCACGGGCAAGUUCUGCGUCUACACCCUGUGCGCCAACCGCCCCUGCCGGCAUGGCACGUGCGUUGCCCAGUCCCCCUCGAAAUUCACCUGCCACUGCCCCGAGGGCUACACCGGGCGGCACUGCGACAUCACACUGGCUAUAUAUCGGGACGACGUGGGUCUCAGUUUCAGCUCCAUGUUUGCAAUCUGCAUUUGCUUCCUGGCGCUCCUAGUGCUGCUUCUCGGUAUCUUCCUGUGGACCCGCUGGAAGAGCUACAAGGGACUGAAGGAAGGUGUGUACCACGUGUCCGCCCACCACGAUGGCUGGGAGGACAUCCGCGAGAACGUGCUCAACUACGACGAGGAGGGAGGAGGAGAGCAGGACCAGAAUGCCUAUGACAUGGCAGAGCUGCAGAAAUCUCUCCAGCCUAGCCCAGCCCAGUCUGUAUACACACGGCACAGAGGUGGGCAUCACCACCAGGAGAAAGCUUCCCUGCGGAGAGACGUGCCGCCCACAAGAAGCCAGCCACAGGGAACUAUCAGCGCCUCCCGGAAAAACCUGUCCUUCUCCAGCCAGGACCUGGCGCGCUACCUGUGCGAGAUCAUCAGAGACGCAGACCAGCAUCAGGAGUGCCCCCCUUUCGACUCCCUGCAGGUUUACUCCACCGAAGGGGAGGGCUCUCUGGCUGGGAGCCUGAGCUCCUUCAGCUCCGCUGGCCUGGAGGAGGACAAGACCUACGACUACCUGAAAGAAUGGGGCCCCAGGUUCGAGAAGCUCAAAGCCCUUUACGAAAGAGCGGAAGCCAGUGACAUUUGAGCACCCCCUUGUGAAAAGACAAAGCAGAUGCUUGUUCAGGGUACCUCCCCAAAAAAGUGUGAGGUACAGUAUACCCUCCAAGCACAGAUUUCCUAAAGACUGCUCUUCACUGAUAGCUUUUUUUUUUGUCUGGAUUAGCUGAGAAAGAGUUGCUUAUUUCAGAAGGAAAGGCACGUUCGUUCUGACAUGUGUAGUAAAAGUCAAGAAGGGAAUAUGAAAAAUAAGGGCUGGUUUUUGUUGAGCAGCUGUCGCUAUGUCGGAACAGGACAACACUGACCUUGAUUCUCUACAGUUCAUGAAUCAAUCAACAUGUGACGUUUACAGCAUACAAACAUGAGACAUGAGACAACAUGAUACGUGUUCAAAAAAUAAUAAUGCACAUACUGUACACACAUGCUGAUACUUCACUACUUAACACAAUUUUUUGCAAAGACACUGGCUUUUGUUUCUGUCCACCUACAGAUACUGUAGGGAUUUCAACACUUUAUGAACAAUUCAUUCCUCAACAUGCAUUUCUCUCCUUCUCUUCACAUUUCUCUAAAGAUCAGCUUGUAUAUAUCGAAAAGGCACAAAAACACCAAAUUCACUAGUGCUCAUUUUUAACUGGGUGCAAAAGCUAUGCGAAAAGAUAAAAGCCGUUAUCAUUUCAAGGACAUUUUGAGGUUUUUUUCAUUUUGAACAGUUAAGCACAUCAUGUUGUGUAUGCUGUAUUUAAAAUUGAUUCACGCAUUGGGAUUAAAAAUGCAUUAAUUUGACAAGCUCAGAGUGAGCAGACUGCAUCUGAUGAAAUAAAGGCUGCUUAAGUAAACAAUCUUUAUAUCCACAGGCAGGUUUGUAGCUUCCUAUAAAGGUAACUGCUGAGUGUGCAACAGCAGGCUAAAUUCUUGCUUCAGGUUCGCAGAUGAUCAAUGCGAAUUAACUUCAAUCAAGGGAAGAAUACAAGUGUUUAUGUGAAGUGAUCUUCAAGACAGGUCUAAAAAUCUCUGCAGUUCAAAGAGAACAGACAUAAUACGCUAGAAGGACUUUGUAGGAGACGUGUGGAACAGACAAUGCUCAUUCAACAUGCUCAAAGUUUGAGUCCUUUGAAAAAAGUAAUGAGAUGGUUCAAUUGUUUGUUACCAUAUCAGGCACUUUCAAAAGUUGUGUGGCUUUUAUUUGCCAUUUUUACUGCCAUGCUAAAUAUGUGGACAGUAUGUGGACAUUUAUUAACAUAUACACAUCAGGGUUGUGCAUUGGAGGACACACUGGAGUUCCAAUUAUAAAAAGAAGAGAAAAAAUGUUUUUGUCCACCCUGAAUGGAAAAGCUGUAUUUUUUCAUGACCAGAUCAAUGAUUUUUCACACAGUACCCAAGACAGGAUAUAGGGAUAUACAGACAGGUAUAGCUUUACUGCCUCUUUAAUAUUUUAUGGUCUCUUCUAAAAUGCCAAAAUGCCUACAUACUGCAUUAUACAUAUUUUAGAGGUAGCAUUAUAAAACUCUACAUAUUUAUAGAAAAGUGUGUAUGUUGUGACAGUGCGUUCAAAAGGCAAUCACUCUGAAACAUCGAAACAGCAGCUGAUAGCUGGCUGUCAUGUGACUCAGAACAGCCUGCUGGUUUAAGGCUGCUCAAAGUCACUGAUUUGAGGACUUCAAACACGCCAAGUUUUUAAAGAUAACACGAGUUCAAACAACAUUCUCGUCUACGAAACAUGAAAUGCUUUGAAAUGUAUCCUUCAUGAAAGCUAUGGGCUGACAAGGUGACAAGCCAUUUAGACAAAAAAAAAGAAGAGCUCAAAUUGAAAACCAGUUCUAAUUAAAAUGUAAAGACCUUUCCUUGCGUUUCUUUAUCUUUUUCUGCAUGUAAAUAGGCAGAAUUCACUGAGAUAUGUCAGUUACUGUAUGUACCUCCAGUGGCAAAUACCUUAUUUCUUUUUUAUAGAAGGGGCUUUUAUCUGUGCAGUAUAUGUAUGGCUACACUUUUUUACCUCAUUUGUACAUAGCAAUAACACAGCUCCAGAGAAAAAUCUGCUCUCCAAUAUGGCAUGAGAUUAAAGGCACAAAUCUAACGAGCGAUUUUGCAAAGUUUUUUUCGUUCCAAUUUUCACGCUGUUUUUUUGGGAGGAUGAAUUGGGAUUUUUACAACACGACUACGCUGGUGCAGAUAGCUUUAAAACACGCCCUGCGGUGGUGGAGAUAUUAAUGAUGCCGUGUAAAUCACCUCUCGUUCCUUCAGAGAUCAGCCUGUACUUUUUUUAUGAUGAUGUCUAACAUUUCCUUGAGUAUUUAUCUUGUUUUUUUGCGACGUCUAUUACUUAAAAACCGGAUUUUGUAAAAAGAAUAAAUAUCUUUGUUUA